AUGGAUUUUCCUACUAACACACUCAAGCAAAACAGAGCCUUUUUCUCUCUUCUCCUCAGCCUAUCCUUCCUCUUCUUAAUCACAUUCUACUUCACUUCCAUUUUCCCUUCCUCAAACCACCCCAAAAUCAUCCUCCCCUUAAACCCAGCCGAAAACUGCGCCGCCAUCGAACAAUUCCCCGACCGAACCUCGAGAUGCGAUUUCGUUCGGUCCAAUUACGCCGCGUGCCGAGGCAAAGCCUACCUGAACUACCUCGACGUCUUCUACUGUGGGGCCCGCCCGCCGUUGGGCUAUGCGGUGCUCGUGCUCUGGCUCGUCGUCCUGUUUUACGUGCUCGGGGACACGGCCUCCACCUACUUCUGCCCCUCGGUCGCGGGCCUUUCCCGGGCCCUCCGCCUCUCCCCGGCCCUCGCCGGCACCACUCUCCUCCCCCUCGGAAACGGCGCCAACGACGUCUUCGCCGCCGUCGUCUCGUUCGCGCGCUCCGGCGGUGGCGGCGGCGGUUCGGCCGCCGUCGGCCUCAACGGCGUGCUCGGCGGAGCCCUCUUCAUCACGUGCUUCGUGGUCGGGCUCGUGAGCUUCGUUGCGCGGGCCCGUGUGGUCGAACGGGCCGGGUUCAUCCGGGACGUCCUGUUUCUCCUCUUUUCGCUCGGUUGCCUCCUCGCGAUUCUCGCGUUCGGGCGGGUCGGGCUCUGGGCCGCGCUCGGGUUUGUGUCGAUUUACGCCGCGUACAUUGUGACGGUCUUUGGUAUGCAACUCCGUCGUGGCGGCGGAGGAGAAAUCGAAGCGCCGUUGUUGGACGAGGAAAAAGGGCUCGUCGUGUCGGAAAAGUGUGGGCUUGUCGAAGUCGAUCGAUCGGGCGCAAAAUUGUCGAGAAAUUAUUAUUAUCUCGAUAUGGCGGUUUACCUCGUGGAUUUGCCGCUCUCCCUUCCAAGGAAGCUCACGAUUCCGGUCGUGAGCGAGGAGAGCUGGUCGAAGCCGCGCGCGACGUGCUCGGCCGCGCUGGCGCCAGUGUUCUGCGCGGCCGUGUGCGUCAACCUAGCGGAGAUAACCGAUUUUCGAAUUCGAUCGGCCGUCUACUUAUCCUCGGCUACAUUGGGGUUCGUUCUCGGGUUGUCGGCUUUCGUUCUGACGAAAAAAUCGAGCCCGCCAAAGAGACUCAUGGUCAUGUGGCUCGUCGGGGGUUUCGCGAUGAGCAUCACGUGGACUUACGUCGUGGUCGAGGAAGUCGUGUCAUUGUUGAUCGCGUUCGGCCACAUUCUCGGGAUAAGCACGUCGGUGCUCGGGGUCACGGUGCUAGCAUGGGGGAACUCGUUGGGGGACUUGAUAUCCAACACGGCUCUGGCGUUGAGGGGCGGGACCGACGGGGCACAGGUCGCCCUGUCGGGCUGUUACGCGGGCCCACUCUUCAACACGCUGAUUGGGCUCGGGUUUUCGCUCGUCUUUGCGGUGUGGGGGGAGUACCCGUCGAGCUACGAAGUCCCGGGCGACGGGGAGUUGUACGAGACGGUGGGGUUCUUGAUGGGGGGUUUGCUUUGGGCUCUUGUGAUAUUGCCAAAGAGGGACAUGAGGCUUGAUAAGUCACUUGGGGUUGGAUUGUUGGCAAUUUACUUUUGCUUUUUAUUCUUAAGGUUGGUGAACGGUGUGGGAUUGCUUAAACUUGGGACAUAG